ACAGCUUACUGUUUGACAUUUCACACACACUGAGACAGCUACAAUCCAAAGAUCCAGAAGUCCGAGGUCUUCACAGGGAGCUGCAGGCAAAUCCAGACUAUAAGGCUUACAUACAGUAGAGAGAGCUUGGCUUUGGGAUUGGCAAGGAUGUCUCUGGAAGUGAAGGAGAAGACAGAAGUGCGCUUGGUGUUCAUGGGAGCUGCAGGCGUGGGAAAAACAGCUCUGAUUAAACGCUUCUUGCAAGACAGCUUUGACCCGAAACAUCGGCGCACAGUGGAGGAGCUUCACUUCAAGGAGUAUGAGGUGGCUGGAGUCAAAGUGACAAUUAACAUCAUGGACACGAGCGGCAGCUACUCCUUCCCAGCCAUGCGGAAGCUCUCCAUCCAGAAUGGAGAUGCAUUCGCCCUGGUCUACUCUGUGGACGACCCCGAAUCGCUAGAAGCCGUCAAGAGACUGCGUGAGGAAAUCCUGGAGGUCAAGGAGGACAAGCUCACACCCAUCGUGGUGGUGGGCAACAAAAAAGACAGACAACUGGAACGGAAGGUGUCGGCAGAUGAUGUGCUGGUAAAGGUGGAGCUGGACUGGAACAACUGUUUCCUUGAGGCCUCGGCUAAAGAAAACGAAAAUGUGAUGGAGGUGUUCAAGGAGCUGCUCCAGCAAGCAAACCUCCCCAGCCUUCUCAGCCCGGCUUUGCGGCAUCGCAGAGAGACCUUUCCCAAGGACAUGAGUCUACGACCGCCCAUGAACAAGACCAACAGCUGCUCUGUCUCCUAAAGUUGGCAAGAAAAAGAUUAUUGAGAACGGAAAGGGUUGAAGCAAAGCAAUGACGUGGAAGGCUCUUUGAUGGCAUGCAAAGAUGCUUUUGUUACAUAGCGAAACUUCCCAUAAUCCUGCUCAAAAAUCAGCAUCCUCGACGGUGAUGAAGGAAAAGGGACAAUGAUCAAAAGUCAAUGAACUGUUGCAUUUGUACAAAGAAUCUUGAAUGUUUUGACAGUGGUUUUGAGUUCCUGAAGUUCAGUUGUGUGAUCGGUGUAAAGAGCUACUGCAAUAUUCACUCAUGUAUAUGUCAAAAUGUUCUGACUUUUAUGACAGUGCAAUAUUGUAAUGUUGUAGCAUUAAUGUUUUUUUUUUUUUUACCAUAAUUUAAAAUUUGACUCAUUAGUUUGCAAAUCAUUGCACCACGUAUUUAAGUCACCGUGUCCAUUUUUCUAAAUGUUUAGCACUGUGCACAUGCACUUUUACUCUGUGGAAAACUCAUAUGAUGCACUGAUGCCUUUCUUUUUUUUUUUUUUUUUUUUUUUUGAUUUUACUUGCAGAGGAAAAUGUGCAUAUAUAUUUCACUCUCCAUUCCUACACUCAGAAAAAAAGGUACAAAAGCUGUCACUGGGGUGGUACCUCUUCAAAAGGUAAAAAUAUAUACCAUCUAGUUACUAUUAUGUACACUUUACGUACAGAUGUGUAACUUUAAGGCACUUAUAUGCAUGUUUUACGGGUAAAUAAGGUAGAAAUGUAUAACUUUUGAAAGUAUACUAAUCUAUUUAAUGAGAAUGUUUAAAUAUUAUCAAAAUCUCUCUCUCACUCUAUAUAUAGUUUUAUUUAUUUUUUUCCAAAGGCAUUCAUAUAUUGAAUAUUUGUCUACUAAUUUCCAAGUACAAAGUAGAAGUUGUUAGAUAUGUUUUAAGAUCAUGAGAAAUCAAUCCAAUCCAGUGACCUCAAAUUGUGUCCAGAUCUCAUUUAAUUAUCAAAUUUUAUCAGUCCUAAAAUCCAGAGAGCAAACAGCUCAAAUUCCAUGUCCACAAGUAUGCAGAGAGAAUCCUACAGGAAUUAUCAAAUAUUGCCAUCUUGUGGUGCUUCGACUGACUUGAACUUUCUCACUUCACAUGCUUUGUGUGUGACAUACAGCGAAUACAGCGAACAAUAAAGCAACGGGGAAAUGUGUUGUGUGUAACAAAGGCUCAUUGUUCCUUAUAGACAAAACAGGAUGUCAACUAGUUCCUAAAACACAGUUAAUGACCUAUUGAAUGACAAUGUACGACCCAUUAUAUGCAUGUUGCAUCAGCAGCACAUAACGUUGCACUGCAGCUCUAUCCAGAAAAUAAAGUGAUAUUUGGGUUACCA